AUCCGGAUACCGGUUACCGGAAAAUUAAUAUCCGCCGAACUUUGUUAAACGGUUUUAAUUGGUUAAGAAUUUCACCCCGCUGAAUCUAAAAAGAAGUCAAAUAAAAAUUCAGAUUUUGAUUGCACCUGGUAUUCUAGCUGAAAGAUGGCAAUGUCAUUAACAACCCCAAGAUCUGCUCUUCGGACAAUAAAUGAGGACCAAAGCACUCUCAGGGCAACAAAGUCGGCACAUGCGAGCAAACCAGGAAAUGUGGCACCUGUUAACAAGUUGUUCUUGAAACCGAGCGGUCCUUUACAGACCAUCAGCACUAAAAAUCAGAUGCGCAUUCAUACUGAUCCAGAACCUAAGCUGAAAGUUAAGACCAAGGAAAAGGUGAUCACCAAACCACCUGGACCCUUGCCAGAAAAAGAAAUUCUGAAUGUCUUUAACCCAGAAGAGGACUGCAAGCCAAAGAUGGACAAGGCGUUGAUUGGAGUGGUUGAGAGAAUACGCAACUGGCGACCACCAUGUUUGUUCGGUGUCGGAAAACCGGACAGUGAUUUUGAAGACAGUGAUGAUGAGGAUAGAGACAGGUCUCCUAAAAUAGAUGUGGCGGACCUGCCUCCACCAGACGAUUCACUUUGUGAUGAAGAGUUAGUUAACCUGUCUGAUCUGAUAAUUCCAAGCAUCGACAUCGAAGAUCUUCCUCUACCUUAUUUAGAUGACUCGCUCGACAUCGAACCAAACAUGGGAACUCUUGAAAUCUGGGAGACCUCGACACCUGCCUCUUUCUCGCCAAGGGUAGCUAAAGAUGUGUCGUCUUCCUUAGACCAUUCUGGUAUAAAUGACGACAGUCUGCAGUAAAACUAAACAAAAAAUCUUUUUUUGGAAACUUUAGGCUAAUUGGCAGCUUUGGUUAUUUGAAAGGCAUUAAAAUAGAAGAGGCAGUAGAGGAAUGAAUGAUGGGUAAUUCAUGAUGAGUGUGAAUGAUAUUAAAGUCGUGAAGCUCUGCUUAGUGCUUGUAACUCAGGGUUGUAAAUAAUGUAAAUAUCGUCUGUAAAUAUCUCAUCAUCAUCGUUACUGUUGUUGUCGUCGUGAAUUUAACUUCUUACAGGAAAGUGUUUCAUUUUAGAAAUUAAAAUAUAUACAUGUGAAUGAGAAAAUAAAAUUCAUACUGGUACAUGCAAAUGGACUUAUAAAAUAAUGAUUGUCAAUAUUUUUUUUUUGAUUAAUUGCAGCAAGUAAGUAAAUCUAUUUUUGUCAAUGGAAAUUUUUCUGAAAUUUAUACAUUUGAUAUAUUUGCAGUUUCAAACGUUUACAUAAUUAUCAGUGAUUUAAACUUUGAAAUUCAUAGUUUUGACUUAAUAUUUAUAUAGUAGCAAAAAAUAUUAUUAUCUUGACUGCAGGAUUUUUUUCUCUCCAAUUUUUAACAAAAUCUUUAACAAAAAGAACAAAAUUGAGCUAGUAAAAUUUCACUUGUAAUAAUUUUUUUGUUCAAAAAGGUAAAUAAAAGAUCAGAAAAAAAAAGAAAUUGAAAACUCAUUACAUUGUACAUAAAUCAUACAAUUUCUUGUACAUACAUCGCUUUUAACCUUUUUAUGUUGUGAUUUUGAAAUGGUAUUUUUAGCAUAUUCUUUUUUUACAUUAUUUUGCAUGCAGAAUAAAGCUAUUGAAAUAAUA